UGGGUAGCUCUCUUCAAAAGAACAUUUCUAAAGAUUUCUUCACCUGUAUUUUGCAUUAUACGGCUUCGUGGUGGAAACGUCCUUCGCGGUACUUUUCCUCUAACAGUAGCCUGUUUGUUCUUAAAUUGUAACGAGAGGGUAAAGUAUGCGUCGGUUGAAAGUUAAAGUAGUAGGGGACGGCGGAGUUGGAAAGACCUCCUUUCUCAUUCGUUGGUACAAAGAGAACUUUCCUUCGGAAGAUGAUAUACCGUUAUUUCCAGGACGGGAACGGGUUUUACCUUCUGUGCAAGAUCCUUUCUUCACGAACAUGACUGUGGACCGAGUAAGCUAUGUGCUAACUUUCUGGGACACAAUUUGUGGAGCUGAUUACCUAAAAUUUCGACCCAUGGAAUACGAGGAGACUGAUGUAUUUCUCGUGUUUUUCGACAUCUCGAAUCCUAGCUCUUUCCAAAACGUCUCUACCGUCUGGGUGCCUGAAUUGAAGCAUUACAUGCCCUCCACUCCAAUCCUCGUCGUUGGAAACAAAACAGAUUUGCGCAAAACAUGCAAUUCUCCUGAUGGCAUGAUUACAAUUACAAAGGGGCAUGAACUUGCAGAGAGAUUGGGUACCUGUUACUGUGAAAGCAGUGCAGACACGGGAGACGGUGUGCACAAUGUGAUCCAUACAGCAGUGGGUUUGGCCAUUCAGAACCAAAAUCCCCCAAAGAUCAAGUUGAAUUUUAAAGUUUUCCAGUGGAGGGGAAAGACACCAAAAGUCUUACGACAUGGGCCAGAACCACCUGUGUUAUCUCCACCAGAUCCAAUGCCACAAGUGAAAGUUCUUCCUUCCACAUUCACUGAUGAUAUGAAGAAGAUGUACAGAGAUGAAUCAGGGAAUUCAGAUAUCAAACUCCUGUUCAAUUCAAACAAUCACCCACUUGGUGCACAUAAAAUUAUCCUCAGUGUAGGUUCUACAGUCUUCCGCGAUUUCUUUUUGAACAAUGGUGAAGAAGUUGAACUGAGUAGAUUGCUUAGUAAUACUGAUUCCUGUUCAUGUCUUACUGCCAAGGAAAGCAGGCCAAACACCGGAAAAAAGAGCAGUGCAAAAGACUUGCUUCACUUGUCUACAAACCUUCCCAAUUCAGUUUCAAAUCACCAAAGCUUGUCUCCUUCACCAAACUUGGAGAGAAAGUCUAAAACAGGAAGACCAAAGAAUUGCUUACAUUUCAAUAACAGUGUUUCAGGCAGAGCUUUUCAGCAUGUUCUAGAGUUUCUCUAUACAGGUUCACCAAACAUUUCUUCUGAUACUGAUGAGGCACUGUUAACCAAAGUCAUGAGUCUAUCUCACAGGUUGCAUAUUCCUUGGCUGGGGCAAAUCUGUGAGAAUAUAACAAAUGGGGAGAGCUACCUUAUUCCAAGCAUGGUCGCUAUUCUUCAUGAGGAAAGAAGCAAAAUUGUAAAGGAGAACUUUGUCAACAAGCCACACUUUUCUGAUGUCAUUUUUCAUGUGAAGAAUACCAUAUUUUAUGCUCACAGAGCUGUGUUGAUGGCAAGGUCUGAGGUCAUGGCAGCCAUGUUUGGUGGUGGGUUCAGUGAACGUGAUAGCCUUGAGGUGACCAUCAAGGUAACAACAGGGAAGAGUUUCAUGGCGCUACUGGUGCACUUGUACACUGAUACAUUACCUACUGACAUGUCUGUUGGUGACUUCAGGGAACUUCUGGUGCUUGCUGACAGGUUUUGCCUGUCGCAGCUUAUUUCAGUCUGUGAAAAUGCUAUUAUAGAUAGAAUUGGGGUGGAGAUUAAGAAGAAACGAAUGACAUCUGCAAAGUGUAACGACAUCAUUAACUUGCUUCUCACUGGACAGGCUCAUAAUGCUCCUCAGUUGGCAAGGUGGUGCUUGUACGUGAUCACAACAAACUACCCCGACUUUGAAGCCUGUGAUGAUUUUGAUCUCAUUAAGGGUGACAAUCGAAGGCACAUCCUGGAACAUCGCUGGCCACCGCUCUCCUAUCUGAAAGAAUUGGAAGAGUUCAAGAGGAAGACUGGGAGAACAUAAAAUAUUGAAUAGAACAUACGAAUAACUAAUUGAUACUGAGAUAAGUGAUGUCAACCAUUUAACUCCCAAGAUCCAUUGAGAAAUUCUUCCCUCCAACUUUAUUACAUUUCCUUUUAAUUUAAAUAUGGGAAUUUGGUGUCAUAUCAAGAUAAACCUUGUGGCUGAUAUGCUUUACUAUUCUCAUAAGCUGUUCACAAAAUAAUGAUUUGAAGUCAUUAGAAGUUACAUGUUUAUAACAUACUGAAUUCUGAAUUUAAUAGGCUCCUAUGAAUGUAAUUCAGAUAUUAAUUUUUUAACAGAUUCAAACAUAACAGUCAACUAGGAUACAAUGUAGUCAUGUUAUCUCAGUCAGUUCUAGGAAAUCCAACCUUGAGGUAGCUUUCCAAGUAUGAGAUUGUACUAGUAUUGGUAUACAAGUGCAACAUUGCCAUGGAUGUUUCGAAACCUUAAUUUCUGAAAAAGUCGUCGUGCAACCAAAGAUUUGUGCUAAAGGACUAUUUUGCUAGGAGUUGGGCCAACUGUUCAUAUAGUUGACAUGUUGAUCAUUAGAUGAGUCUCUAGCAGAGGACAGUUUAAAGAAUUAUUAUUGAGUGAUAGUUUUGUUAGGUUCUCAGCAGAGAAGUUCACUCAAAUUAAUUAUUUGCUUCAUGUAUAGUGAGUAGCCAUUCCAAUGAAAUCAGUUUUUACAGUAGGAGUACCAUUCAUUCACGAUCAACUGAGGUUUCCUUUUGCAUUUGUGACUGCAGUGUCCCAUGUAUGUUGCUGUAUUUCUGACAGAAACAAAGGUAAUGAAAAUGUCUAUUUAAUAUUUAAACUUGGUUGCUCACAAAAGAGAAAGAAUUUUAAUGCAGUUUUGUGGCAGAGAGAGGGCUCAAAUAUGUAAAGUGUACUUCCAAUUAUUGUAAAUAAGAAUUCUAUUUGAAUAGGCAUUUUUGUGAGUUUACUUAAAAUAUAUUGAAUUUUAUGUUCAGUUUGUAGAUGUGAAGCAAUAAGAGAUGUAGGUAGAAUCCUACACAAGAAUGACAAUGUAGCAGCUUGCGUCAAGCCAUAUCAUAGGUUUUGUUUUCUAAAUCUUUUUAUCAUAGGUUUUUUUUUCCUUCAACAUCUUUAUACAAUAACUGUUGAUAGGGUUUAUUUCAUUUAUCAGUGCAACAAAAGGCUGAUCUUGUUACAGAGUUUGGUCAUGACUAAUUUAAAUUGAUUGUCAAUUGAGUGGAAAUGCAACCAGGCUUUUUGAUUGGUUGAAGAAAGACUAGUUGUACAGUCAAACCUCAUAAUCACUCUUUUUCAAUGCAAGACUAGUCAGAAUGACUUUUCUUAUUCAACUGGGCUCUAAAAGCCUUGUCCCAUUUUGCAGAUGGGAAUUUUCUCAAUUGUUUACAGAACUUCAAAGGCUUACAUAAACAACAUUUUCCUUGUUACAAGGUCAAUGUGCAUGCACAAUUUACCAAGUGUAUACCAAUUUACAGUAAGAAAUGUUGUCACUUAGAAGAGACUUUACAAAUAGCUAUGAUUAACAGUUUUCAAUUCCACUGAAUAGAAUGUAAAAUUCUAUUCUCUUAGAUUCUUACAAGAGAGGAUAAAUCCCUCCUUGAUUCUUACAAGUAAAUAAACUGUAAAUCUAGGCUCUGUUAAACAGUGCGUCUUGAUAGUUUAAACAAGAAAACUAAUUGAGUUCAACUGAACAUAUGAUACUAAAUGUAAAUUAAAGUUAAAUUUGAGUUGCUUGCCCUGACCAAACUGUAUGACUGUUAGAGUGGACUUAUGAUUAAAAAGUAUAUUAAUGAAAGUAUUAUUUAAUUUGAUUAUACCCUGACAACAAAGGUUGCCAAUAUUUAAAAACAUUUACUAUAAGAUAGUUUGAAUACAUUCAUGAGACUUUCAUAUAAAAUUCUGUA